AAUGAUUGUUACAAUGAAAUAACAGGAAAUAACAGAAACAGGAAAACGCAAUACAUAAGGCAUUAAACUAUCGUGAACAUGAAGCGUGACAAAGAUAGAAUAAACGACGAAUAGAUAGAAACUUUGAAAGGCAGAAACAGAUAGAGGAAGCAAAGAGUGGGGGAAUCGAUGGUCGCAGAAGAAGGGAGAAAACAGGAGGAAGGAAAUCGGUAGAGAGCGAUCUUCAACUAAAGCAAGAGAGGGGAUAAAAGAGAUAGAGAGAAAUAGCAAAGAAAGAACAAGAGAAAAAGAGAGAAACGAAGAAGGAGAAACUCAUCGAGAGUUAAGCUAUCUGGUAAAAUAAACGGACGAGACUAGACAGAGGGUCUUCUACCAAAAGACGGCAUGAAGUGGCAAGCGAUUUAUGGUGUUCAUGUAACUAGUGACGCGCGUACAAUCCAUUCACGUUUCUCCGAUCGGCUGAGGAUUUAAUACACUUGCCGAUCUGCCGUUCGUAAUCGCGUCGCGCCCCUUCUUUUCGUUCCACUUUGCCUCGUCUCGCCUCGCCUACCGCGCCGCGACGUCGCGUCUUCGUUUUUUCCCCUUUCGCUUUUCUUUUCCAUAUUUUUAAUCGAUCUACUGAAUGGUGAAUUGAUUCGAUUGCUUGUUGCACGUUACCAUCAGCGCUGUUGUACCGCGCACGCACGCACACGCACAUACACACAUACAUGCAACCGUCCUGCACGAGGAUCAUGGACGACGAAAGGAUCAAGCUAUUCAAAGAUAAAGCUGUGUAUGGAUAUGGAACAAGUAUUCCGCCUAAUAAUAAUGAAGCUGAUGAGAAUGAAGCCUCGCCGAAAAAAGUGAUUUUUUGUGUGCACGGUAAACUUUCGGGUUGCUGUACGGUUUAUUAUUCUAAUUCUUUUUUUGUAUUCUUAGCUGUACUGGAAGAUCAUUGUCAUAGGGAAAGGAACGAGGAAAUCGAUAAAAAGGCAAGAAAGAAAUUACUGAUUGCUAGUACGCUAUGCGUAAUUUUUAUGAUAGCAGAAAUCGUAGGUGGAAUAUUAUCAAAUAGUUUAGCGAUCGCAACAGACGCUGCGCAUUUAUUAACUGAUUUCGCUUCCUUUAUGAUAUCCUUGUUCUCGAUAUGGGUAGCGAGCAGACCGGCCACAAGAAAAAUGCCUUUUGGCUGGUAUCGAGCAGAAGUAAUAGGAGCUUUAACAUCGGUUUUAUUAAUAUGGAUAGUUACUGGAAUUCUUUUUUAUUUGGCAAUCGAAAGAAUAAUUCAUAAAAAUUUUGAACUAGAUACAACCGUCAUGUUGAUCACCUCUGCUGUGGGCGUUGCGGUAAAUCUAGUAAUGGGUUUAUCGUUACAUCAGCACGGUCAUAGUCACGGACAUAGUCAUGGUUCGCAUAAGUCAAAUCGAAGUAUAGAAAACGAAAAAAUUAAUAUUGAAGAUCUUCCUCAUGAUAGAAAAAACAUCAAUGUUCGUGCUGCUUUUAUUCAUGUUAUAGGAGAUUUCAUUCAAAGCGUAGGAGUUUUUGUUGCAGCAUUAGCUAUUUAUUUCAAGCCAAGUUGGAUUAUAGUCGAUCCAAUUUGCACUUUUCUCUUUUCAUUAUUGGUAAUAUUAACUACAGUUGCGAUAAUUAAAGACGUGAUGAAUGUUUUAAUGGAAGGAAUUCCAAAAGGAUUUGAAUAUUCUCAAGUAGAGAGUACAUUUAUGCAAAUCGAAGGUGUGGUUAAAGUGCAUAAUCUUCGUAUCUGGGCAUUGUCGUUGGAUAAAACUGCACUCUCCGCUCAUCUCGCAAUAAAACCAGGUGCAAGUCCUCACAAUAUAUUACGUACUGCUACUAGAAAUAUUCACGAUAAAUACAAAUUUUUCGAAAUGACACUUCAAAUAGAAGAAUUUGAUGAACGAAUGGAAAAUUGUAAACAAUGCAAGGCAUUAUCGCAAUAAUUGUAAAUCUACAAUUAUAUAUAUUUUCUAAUUAUUUUUCGAGAUUAUAUACAAUCCGAUCGAUCAAUGAUAUGUGAUUCGAAUUCUGUAAAUAACUCAACAAUUUGUAAAAAAUAAUAGCAUUGUUUUUCCAAAAAUGAUCAUGCAAAUGAAAAUAACAUAUUUUUUUCCAAAGGGUUAGACGAUGUAUAGAGAUGAUGUUUUCAAUCUCGCUAAUGAUAUUCCCUCUAAGGUCUGAUAUCCUUUGAUAGUCCCUCUAAUGAUUUUUAAUUAUAAAUCAAUAAACAAUUUAUUUACUUGUCGAAACAGU